UUAGCAACCCUAAUCAUGGGAAAGUCAGUUCUGUCAAGUCUAAGCAGUAAAGUGUUUGUUUCUGAACCGACAAUACUACAAAAUAGGAAAGCAUUAGGCGACAAAGAUUCUCAAACACUGGUAACCCUUGAAAUGGAAACUAAACCAAUUAACUUCAUGCCAAUAGCAGGAUGUUGGGAGAAGGUUGAUGAUGAAUGGAGGAAUAGAGACGGAACAGAGUUUAUACCAAUCCAGUUCUCUGAUAUAAGAAGGAAGGAGAUAGAAGCAAAGUAUCAGGAGAAGUAUAAGUACGGGACUCAGAAGAUUAGAUCUACAAGUUUUGAGUAUCCAUUCUCUUAUUAUCACUCCCAAGCUGAACUUGAGGAGGAAUUACUCCAGCUAGUCUCGGAGUUUUCCAACCUUGCCAGUCUCUACACAAUCGGAGAAACUCAUGCAGGGAAUAAAAUACUGGUUCUCAGAUUGGGAGAGCUUGUUGAUGGAAGACGACCACUUUUAGUACCUCAGGUUAAACUCAUAGGAAAUAUACAUGGAGAUGAAGUAGUGGGUCGAGAACUUCUUCUAGUCCUGGCAAGAUUUAUACUAGAAGAAUCCAAGAAUAACGAAGAGGUUAGAAGACUCUUGAAAAGCCUCGAGAUACAUAUUCUACCGUCUCUCAACCCGGACGGAUAUUCAUUAAAAACCAGGAACAACAAGAAUGAUCUAGAUUUGAACAGAGGGUUCCCGGAUUGGGCUAAUCUUGGUCAGGAGUUUGAAACCUUGAGUAAUUGUAGGGAACCCGAGGUUAAAGCUGUGAUGGACUGGAUGAGAAAGAACGAUUUUAUUCUCUCAGCAAGCUUUCAUGACGGGUGCAGUAUGAUUAUACAUCCCUGGGAUGAUUCUCCGGCCUGUACUCCGGACCAUAAUGCAGCUUGCUCCGAGGACGAAACCUUUCAAGAGUUAUCUCAGAUUUAUGCAUUUAAUCAUUCAUUUAUGUUUAAAGGGAAAUGUCCCUGCCAUAAUGAGUGGUUUGUCCUGGGAGAUUACAAGUUUGAAAACACAGAAACAGUUCACAACGGAAUGCAGGAUUAUAAUUACUUGUUUACCAACUGUAUGGAGUUAACUAUAGAACUAUCCUGCGAGAAAACCCCUCCUGUAUAUUCUCUACCAACCCACUGGAAUAAUAAUAGUAAGAGUAUACUCGCAUUCCUAGCCGCAGCUAAUAGUGGAGUCAAGGGCCUGGUGGUGGAUAUUGAGGGGGUUCCUGUACUAGAUGCCAGGGUUAGAAUUAAAGGAAUAGAUAAGGAGAUAAUCACCUCACACACAGGAGAAUACUGGAGAAUAUUAAUUCCUGGAGAAUAUCUAAUAAAGGCUAAGAAGGAGACUAAAGUAGGUAUACUGGAGAGUGAAUGGAUCAAGGUUCUGGUUAAAAAAGAACUAGGAGAAGGUUCAGUAAGGUUGGAUCUGGUGUGCAGACUAGGAAUAUACCAGAACCUGAAUAUAUCUGGUCACAUGAAUAUCUCCAGUACAGAGACUAACUGGAAAGAAUCUAUUAUAAAUGUGCUCUCCAGCUACAGAAUCAGAGACAUAGAAAUACAGAGAAGAGAACUGAAAAACAAGGAGAACCAAAAGUUCUGGUUUGUUGCAUACAACGCAAAGGUGGUUGUACAAGAAGAUCAAGUGUCUGUAUUUCAGCAGGAAAUUUGGGGGGAAAAUGGGGUUUAUUCUCCCAGGAAAAUGCAUGAAGAGAUAAAAUUUGCAAGAAGACUGAAAUCAUUUAUGGAGGAGAGAAUCUCUGGAAGAAAUAUCCUUAGCACUGGCUGGAAUAUACAAAUUCUAACCUGAAACAAAGUAGAUUAUCGAAAAUGUUCGUAAAAAAUACAAAAUGAAGCGUGA